AUGGCCGAGGACCGGGCGAUUGCGGCCCUGGCGGCGGGAUGCAAAGCCGGGGCGGACUACUCCGCCUGGACCGUCUUCUACGCCUUUCUCCAGCGGCGCUAUCUCUCCCCUCACAUCGGCAUGAGCGCCGACGUGAGGGUCAAUGCGGCCUGCGAGUUUGUUUUUAACGCCUUCAACAAGGCCCUCCGGCCUUUUUUGGCCGCGGCGCUGGCGGAGAAGCUCUCCGAGGCUUUGGUGGCGAUCUUGGCUUACCACAACCAACUCCCCGGGGAUUCUUUCUCGGGGUCGAUGUUUUUCCGACUGGAUGAUCUUUACCGAUCCGUCCUUUCUUCCCCUCUUUAUUUUUACAAGGAUGACAAGGUGAGGCUGGGGAAGAUGGAAUUCGUCGAUGAUAUCGACCCGGCGGUCCGGACGGGACAUCACCUUGGGUUAUGGCUGAUAGCGGAGCUGCGCUUUUGCGAGUCCAUCCUGUUGUUGAAUUAUCAAAGCGCGAAAGCUAUUUAUAUCCAAUCGGGCUCCACGUUAGCCAGUAUGGCCUCGGCGGAAGCGAUUUCCGCUACUCGAGAGUGGAUGAAUCCAUGGAUUAGCUCAACCUUUGGGGCGGCGAUGAAUGUGGUGUUUUGCCUCUCGCAACUUUCGCAACCCGCGCCGUCCGGGGGUGCGGCCGUUCAAACGGAGCCGCGGGGAUCCACGCCCUGCUGGACAUUGCCCAAGGCUCUAUUGCGGGCGAUCAAGUGGAGUAUUUACCACAAAAACGAUGCCGUGCAGAGGGAAAUGGUAACGUUUUUGUGGGAAUCGUCAUGGGUCUAUAUGCCGUCUUUUUAUGAGAAAAAAUGUACCUUUACGUUGUUCGCGUACGACGUGUUAGGUUGCUCGGAUGCCUACCGAAGCCUCCACUUACCGACCGCCUACCAAGACGACGGGACGGGUGCGGAGUGUAAACUUUGGAAGAAUUACCCACCCGUUUCUGUUGUUGAAGCUUGUAAUGCGAUUCAUUUUGUGCACGAAAUUUUAAGUGCGAAAAUAAAUGAUGAACUGGAAGCGAAUAGUGAUAAUCUUAGCAGAAAUGAUAAAGAGACUUCUAUAAGUCUCUUCAAUUAUUAUAAUUUGAAAAUCUUUGUCCACUGCUAUUUAUCCAUUUUAGAUUGUUUUAUACGCAAAAGGCAAAAAAUGGUAGUAAUGGAUCAGCCUGAAACUUUUAGUAGAAGUGAACUUGAGGUUUACAAAAAAUUAAUCAAGCAAUUGUGCAAUAUGUUUUCAGGGCGUCUCAAAGACCUAGAAUUUCUUGAUUGGGAAAAGAUGGCGAGAGCGAUGGCCGACGCCUAG